GACGACGAUGGAGGACUUCACCGCGUUCGUGUCCUGGCCCUCGGCCCCUCUCACAGACCGUCUCGUCCGCUCAGCUCUGGAAACACUUGCACCGCAGCCGACAGUCGUGACGGCCCUCAACCCGGAGCUCAUAGCGUCACCAGGACGGCUGCUACAGUGGGCUACAUAUGACGCUCUCGAUCACGAUCUCACCUUCUCUCACAACCCGGACUCCAAAGUGCUUUCCUCGUCCUAUGUCAUCCGCAAGGCUCUCAUCCGCAAGCACUAUCUCUCGCGGUGCAUCCACAAUUACCUCACCAAACACCCCGACUCUGUCUUGGCCUGGGGAGCACCGCGCAGUUGGGAGCUUGACCUCAGCUUCGCGGACGAACUCGACGAGCUCUGGGGAGAUGACCUUUAUGAUCUGUCGGAUGACAUCGAGAAGGGUGACCCCUCGAAGUGGUGGAUACUGAAGCCUGGGAUGGCCGAUCGUGGCCAAGGUCUCCGGCUGUUCCACACCAAGGAGGAGCUACAGGCGAUCUUCGAAGAGUUCGAACAAGAAGAUUCCGAUGAGGAUGGAGAGGAGGGCGACUGCGGUCACGGCGAUACUGCCGUCAUGACCUCUCAGCUGCGGCAUUUUGUUAUUCAGGAAUACCUCGGGAAUCCUCUCUUGCUCGAUCCUGCUGAAGUUCCUUUGAAUGGUUCCCAGGCUCCGUCGCUACAAGAACUACGUGGUCACAAAUUUCACCUCCGUGUGUACUGUGUGGCUUCUGGCGCCAUCAAAGUCUACGUCUAUGACAGGAUCCUGGCGCUCUUUUCUGCGGUCCCGUACAUCCCACCAUCGAAGCAAGAACAUGGCGGCGAAGCCGGCGCGCUGGACCUGGCCCCUCAUCUGACCAACACUUCGCUCCAAACAGAACGUGGAGAAGCUGGCGUCCGACUACUGGAAGAGCUCGUUGGAUGUCACGUACUGUCUUCGCCCUCGAACCCCCAGCCUAGGAAACAGCCCCUCCCUCGGCGAGCGAUGGGACAAGCGAUGGAUCCUGAGUCCAUCAGUGCCGCGAGGAAAGAGCGGGCUACGCAGGCGCUCGAAAGCCAGUACCCGACUUUCACGGCCGACGAUGUCUCGGAUAUCAAGACGCAAAUUUCCGCCGUGCUGUCGGAGACUUUCAAGGCCGCGGUCGAGAUGAGUGUACACUUCCAGCCCGUGCCUAACGCUUUUGAGUUGUACGGCAUAGACUUCGUCAUCACUCACGACCCUUCCCCGAACGCACCGCGCAAGUUCCAAGCGAAUCUUCUCGAGGUCAACUCGGAACCUGCGAUCGAACUCACCGGCCCUCGUCUCACCUGGAUUCUCGAAGACCUGUUCAAGGGGAUUGCUAAGACAUGCGUCAGCCCUUUCUUCGCAGCAGACAUCUCAGAGGCGCGAGAAGAGGCGGACAACUGGAAAGUUGGGGAGACGCGGGAGAACUUGAGGAAGUGCCUGGAUUUACAGCUCAGAGGCGGUCAGGGCUGGUAGAGAAGCGUAGAAUAGUCGACAGCAUAACUGAGCAGUGUAUCACCCUUGUUGUACCAAUAUGCGAGCUUCAUGAAUC